AUGUCCACGGAAAAGAUGGGAAAAGUAGAAGAGCAUUUUCAAAGGGCCCUGGGACUUAAGAAGAUGGUGGACAGGUGGCGAAGUUCACACACUCACUGUCUGUGGCAGAUAACAUUAAGCCAGAGGAGAAACCCAUAUGCUAUCCUAAGGAUGCAGGACACCAUGGUACAGGAGUUGGCACUGGCCAGCAAGCAGUUGCUGAUGGUCCGUCAGGCUGCCCUGCACCAGCUGUUUGAAAAGGAGCAUCAGCAGUACCAGCAAGAACUAAAUGAGAAGGGCAAAGCUUUUUAUGUGGAGAGACUCUGA